AGGCGGACAGCCCCGAAUUAUGGAUUUUCAUUGCAUCCCAACAGAGCCGUUGUUCGCUUACAGAUCUCACAGUUUGAUGGUGCUCUAAGUGAUUGCGAAAAAGUCCUCUCUUGCCAGCCUAAAAACAAAAAGGCAAUGCAUUUCAAGGUUCGAGCUUUGUAUCUUCUUCGUCAAUACAAGAAGAGUACUUCGGCUUGCCAAGCUUUGCUCGCCGAAUUUCCUGACGCCGUUGAUACUAAACUUCUCCUUGAAAGCUGCCGUGAAAGGGUCCAGGAGUCCACCAAAGGUGCUUUUGAUUUCUGCACCAUGCAUACUGAGGCUAGCAGAAAAAGGAAUUGUCAAUUAGACUUCGCUGACUACAUUGGUCCGGCGGUGACUCGUCGUGGCAGCGAAGCGGGUAGAGGGAAAGGGAUGUUUGCGAAAAGGCACAUUAGCCAGGGAGAGCUUUUGCUUUGUGAAAAGGCUUUAAUGAUGGGACAUUUCGAGAAGGAUGGAUUCCCGAUGUCUGUGAGGCUCUCUCAAUCGCAAAUCGCUGUUGGACCACAUGCACUCCUUCCGUCGCGGAUAACUCAGUUUCUGUACGAAAAUCCAUCGAAAGCAGGCCCUUUCUUGAGACUGUUCUCUCCUGAACGGGGCGGAAGAUCUUCUCAACUCAGUUACACACCUGAAGGCGAUCCAAUUAUCGAUGCUUUUGCUGUUACGAAUAUUGUCCAACACAACGCAUUUCAAGUGGAGCAUUCAAUCGAUUUUGAUGAAAAGCUCAAAGUCACAGUAACAGACGAGUUCAACAGCGACUGUGGCCUCUGA